AUGCGCUACCCACACUACAUGGACGUUCGAUGGGGUUUCCUCGCGCUUUGGCGCGCCCACCUCAAGGGCCGGCUCCGGUACCAAGACGUGCGGAACAAACAGCGUGCAUGGACUGUCACCAACCGCCGCCUCUGCGUGACGCUACCGUCGGAAGAUGAGUCGGAUAUCGACGCGCAUGAGGCCAUAAUCACGAAAGUGCGGGAAGCUCUCGCGUUGCUGGCGGUGGUGGCGCAGGUUGACACCACCGCUCUGGGUUUCGUACUCAGCAACUACUGUGAAGUAGUUGACGACAGCUCAGAGACUUCUUUCCAGUUCGAAAGCGACAGCCCAGAGACUGCUUUCCAGUUAGAAACCCCCUUUCGACUCGAGAUCGGGACGAAUCCUAUCAGCAACGGGAACGUUCCUCGGGACGACCUCAUUCUGCUUUGUGGACCGGGUCAACAUGAAAAUGCAAGCCACGAGUAUAGCGCGGCACUGCAGCAGAUUGCAGAGCUGGGCAAAAGCCUGAAGCUGGGGGAACCAGGGGUCGAAGUAGAAAUUCCCGUCCGAGUCGACUUUUCUUCCGGAGGCGGGGGUGCUCAGUUGAAUGAGCUUCUAGAGGUCGUGGCUGCAGAAAAGAUGAUCAAGGAGAUGUGGAGGGAUUUCUACAGUAAUACCCCCGGAGAGCUGACUGUUGAGCCAGGAAAGCUUCGCUGUAAAUUCGUGCUGGAGCCGAUGCUUGCGGAUAUCGUCGAUGCACCAAUUGAGCCUGAGCUGGUAAAAAUCGUGGAACAGUUUGUGGAGGGAAACGUGUGGUUUUCUCGGCUCGAGCUGUUCUUACAAUUCGAUCCGGAAAUUAAGGCAGGUCGGUGGAUUGCGAGGACUCUGUUGGGAAAGCUACUGAGAUCUGUGUUUGACUCGACACGUCGAUCAUUCGAUGUCGCAAAUGGCCACUACCACUUCAGAUUAGAUGAUGGAAACUUUCACCAGUUCCGGGAACCUGAAGUGGCGUAUGAUUCUGGCAAUCCGGAACCUUCAACAGUUGAAGCGUUGUGUGCUGCGAUGGUGCUGACACAAACAACGCAUGCUUUAGCUCUGGAGCUAGACUUUCAGCCGGAUGAUGAAGCUGGAAGUCGUUUUUGGUGGCGGUGGUUGGCCUACGCACUUUUUUCACGUCGAGCUCGCUCGUUUUCAUCGAUUAAGCAUCUCAAAUUGGAUUUUGUCGGUCGCUUGAGCGUGGAGGAUGCGGAGCUAUUUACUGCGAUAGUAUUGUCGGACCACCCCGAAGAAGAGCUCUUUGGUAGUCGUCGUGGUCGUGUCGAGGAGUACUAA